AUGGAGGCACUCGAAGCGGACUUGAACACUCUUCUUGCCUCCAUCCCUGAGCUCGCGGCAAAGCGGAAAAUCAAGGAGGAAGAGAUGGCACAGGCGCAGGACGAUGACGAAUUGCUCACCUACCUGAAGGAGGCCACGGAGGCGUGCAAGAAGGGUCCUGGGGAUUGGCCACAGCUGAAGGCGGACCAGCUGGCCAAGAAGAAGGCAAAGAACAAGGCCCCCGCCGCUGCCACAUCUGCCAACGGCACCUCGUCGCAAGCCGCAGCUGACACAGCAAUCAGCCCGGAGAUGCUGGACUGUGUCUGCUGGAUGCGACAGGAGCUGUCGAAGGAAAGAUGGUCGAAGCUUCAACGAGGCAGCAACGGGGUGUGGUUCAAUCUGCAGAGGUAUAUGCUGGAUCAGAUGCCGGGCAAGGGCCCAGUGCUGAUCCCUGCCGAGCAAAUCACAGGCCUGCUCAAGAGUGUUCACGAUCUGGUUUACCGCCAGUCCCAGAAGCAGUGGUUAGGAGAGAAGAUGAAAACAGAUGGCAGAGGUGUAACCACUGCGGUGAUCGGACGAGAGGCAGUUGCGAAGCAAGUUCUCGGCUUCAUAGGCAAGCCCAUGUUCUGCCAGUGCAUGGGCGGCCGUGUGGACACCAUCACAGCCUUCAGCCUGCCAGAGCUGACGGUGCAUCUCGAGGGGACAAGCGUUUUCUUCGGUGGCUUCCGUGCCACCCAGGAAACACAGCUCGGGGGCCUCAAAAACCUCACGUCGCAAGAGUUCCUUGACCGCUGCGAGUGGUUUGCAAACUUGUCCGCCGGCCAGGGCAUCGUCCUGCUGCCAGGGAUGGUGUACAUCAUGAUCAACACGGAGUACGACAUCGAGAAGGAUGGCAGCCCCGAAGGCAAUCCAGCCCACGUGCCGAAGUUGUUCGUAAUGACGGCCAGCUCCUGCAAAUGGGCAUCGACAAGCCUUUCAAAGGUGGUCGCCCGCACCCCCGAGCUGGGUGCCAAAAGAACAGGUAAACUUCUGAACCGCUUCCUCAGUGUGCUGGACUAA